AUGAUUGAAAUGGUUAGAAAUCACUUAUCAACAUUUGGAAUUAAUACGGAGCAAGAUUUGGUUGGAUCAACUCAAGAUGGUGCAGCAGUAAAUAAGAAAUUUAUGGGAAUGUUGAACAUAAUUGGUCAAUUUUGCUUAAAUCACGGAAUCCAUCUCGCAGUGUGUGAUGUUUCGUAUGAAAAAGUCAAUACUUCUGAGAACCUGACAAUAGAUGUAGGAUGUGAUGAUGAAAAAGAUGAUGAUGAAUUCGAUGAUGGUUGUGACUUAGAAAUAGCUCGUGAAGAAAUCAGUGACGAGAUUAAUUAUUAUACUGUCUUAAAAGCUGCGAGAGAUGUCAUAAAAUAUAUUAAAAAUUCAACGGUUCGUAACCAAAUAUUUCAAUCAAAAGUUAAUACGCAAUUUCGACAUGAUGUGGAGCUACAUUUAGAUGUUCAGCACCGCUGGAAUUUGAUACCGAUCAUGCUUGGAUCAUUACUUAAAACAAAAUUGUGUCUUUUUGAAACCUUUACCGAACUGAAUGCUCUAGAUUUGAUUAAUAAACUAGACUUCAAAGUAGUUGAAGAACUUCAAGAAGCAAUGGCACCGAUUAAACUGGCGGUCGAAAAUCUCAGUAAGGAAAAUUCAAAUUUAUUAACUGCUGACUUUAUUCUCGAGUUCAUAUUUGGAAAAUUGGAAAAUCUUAAAAGUACUAUAAGUUUAGAAUUGCAUGAAUGUUUAAAAAAACGAAUUGAGGAAAGAAUGAAUAGUGAUGUCAUGAGUUUAUUGAAAUGUCUUAACGAUCCAUCAAAUGUUCCUUCAAAGAAUAUUAUAAACUUAGCUGGAAAAUUGUCACAACGUCUUUUCGGCUCUAAAAAUGGUAGUGAAGAAGUUGACCAACCUGAACAACAAGAAAGUCAAGACAAUAUACCACUACAGGAUGAAUUAAACUUAUUUUUGCAAAGAGAAUUAUCAUCAUCAUUUGCAACCACAACAGACGAAUUCAAAUGGCUUAAGCAGGAAUUUCUUUUAUUUAAAAAUACCGGCAAGCGCACUGAAAAUUUGCAAAAACUCUUUGAUGCACUCCUUUGCAUCAAACCUACUUCAACUGAUAUUGAACGAGUAUUCUCAAUUUGCACUAAUUUCUGUACUAAAAUCCGCUCGCGUUUAUCCGAUAAGUCGUUGAGUGCCUUAGUUUUCCUCAAGUUUUAUUAUAACAAGAUGAAGAAUUGA